AUGGCUCUUUGGAUCAGAUCGCUGCCUCUCCUUGUGCUGCUUGCCGUCUUGGCUCCUACAGCUAUCUACACACAAGAAAACUACGAGCAUCUCUGUGGCUCUAGUCUAGUGGAUGCGCUUGUUAAAAUAUGCGGAGAACAGGGCAUCAAUAAGCGGAACAUCGAGCAGUCCCUAGUGGAUAUGCUUUUAGGCAAUAAGGUGCCCUUUCACCUGGCGAAGAGAGGAAUUGUGGAGCAGUGCUGUGACUCGAUCUGCUCCCGCGCGGAUCUGGAGACCUACUGCAAGUAG